CCUUCCUACCUACUUUUAUCAACAAUUCACAAUGCCUCGCGGAGCUGAAUACGACGACGGUGUCCCCCACAGCGACAACGCUAUCGAGGCCGGCCAGACCAAGGCCCACGGUACCGGCUCGGAUAAUGACACCCUCAACCGUGCCCAGCGCACCGCCCCCCUCCCCGAAGCCGCCCAGAGCAGUGGCGGCACCUACAGCAUCCAAGGCGGCGCCGGUCACAGCAGCGGCAAGGGCGGCCACGAGCCCAAAACCCUCGGUGACAAGAAGGGUCUCGGUGCUUUGCCUGGCCAGUAAGCGAAGCAUAUGUUGAAAUGCAUAGAUCUACUUCCACGCGGACAACAAAGUCCUGAAAAUUGGGGAUUCCUGUUUGCAUGGUUAGAAUGGGAGUCCCGGGUGUGUUGUUCUUUUUUUACCUGGUGACACUCAUGAGUGGAAGGUGGAGUGCUGGGAUAUGAUUGAUGAUGGAUAUGGAUGGUUGAGCCAACUAUUUUUGUAUGAUUACUUUUUUCGGGAGGGGCUUGGAGAUGAUAUGUGAAGAUCGUCGGUCUGGGA